AGCACAGCGGAAUUAAUUAAACCGAUUACUUAAGUUCACGACAAGGUGGACUUCAAAAGUCGUUACGGCAGUUGCGAGUGACAAAUACAACCCGAAAAUGUAAGAUACGUUGUGAGGUAAGACGUUUAGUUCUGUUUGCAUCUGGGAAUUUGAGGGAUGUAUUAAAAACUUUAUGCUGGCUCAGUCGUACCCUGCGCGUAAGUCGACGAUAAAAACGUAUUAUGUUUGUAGCAGGCAAAGAAACACCGUUAUUAGUUAUUUUUGGAUGUGGGUAGGGAGACAUUGUUAUUACUUGUGACGUUACAGUCACAGACAUAUUUUAACGUCAUAAAGACAAGGGGUAUGUCAUAGAAAUCCAGUUUCUUCGAUGGUUGUGAGAAUUUUAAAAACCGUUGUGAGCUGAAAUUGUUUCAGGUUGGCACCCGACAGGGCGUCGUUCACGGUCCAAGCGUAAGGCAUCAAGAAGUGUUUUGGAUGUUCCGCCGAAGUUUCUCUUUUCCGGUUGAGACGCGUCGCCUCCGGAUCGGUUUGCUCUGUGGGAAUGGAGGACCGGCAAAAUCAGUCCAGGACCUGCAGGCCUGUCAUGCCGAGAGCCCUUUUCGGCACCUAGCUGAGGACCUGGGCAGCUGGGAGCAUCUUUGCCGUCAAAACUUGCCCCCUGACCUCUCAAAACUAAAUCUUUCUGAUGACAGAAAGGGUUGUACUAUGGCACCGGUCUCCAUCCAACAACCCAGUGGACAAGUCCUGCUUUUGGGAGCGUUCGAGACCCCGAAGGAUGUGACGGAGGAUGGCAGUGACCGUCUUUGUUUGCUGGAAGAGAUUGUGGACACAGAUUCGAAUGGGAAUGAUGUGAACCACAUCAAAGAGAGCAGGUUUUUAGAGACCAUCGAAAGCAUCUAUCAGCUAGAAAAUGAUAAACAGAACGAUUGUCACUACGAUCACUUAACAGAAAAAGAGAAAGUCGUUAAUGAGUCUAAUUUGAGCAUGGCAUCAAAGAGCUACAACAUGGCCGAACUGGUGCAUGCCAGAAACCGGCUCGCUGAGGAGAACGCAGAGAUCCAAAAGUCCAUAGAAAUGACAGAGGAAACUAAUGCACAGCUCCGCAGUGAAAACACUGCCUUGAAGAAGCAAGUCAAGAGUAUAAAACAAUCCAUCCUUCAGGCUGAGGAACUUGGAGUUGAGCUAGAGGAAGUGCAGAGUGCCUUAUCGGAAUCAAGCAUCACAAAUACCAAGUUAAAAAUGAGAGUCAAACAACUGGAAAGAGAAAAUGAAAUUCUGAAAGACAAAAUUGAUUGUGUUACUGAUGAGAUGGAUAAUAUGUUGUCAGAAAGAGAAGUGGAUAAGAAGAAAAUUAUCCAUCUUGGCAGUAUGUUAAAGGUUUUAGAGAACCAACUAGAAGAAGAAAGGCUAGCUCUAAACCAAAAAGAUGAAAUUGUUUUAAAGAAAGAUUUCGUGAUUGAGCAGUUGAAGAAUUCACUGAGUGAAUACUCUUCAGUUGUGCAGGAUCUGCGUGACAAGGUGAAGGACUUACAGAAUCAGCUUGCUGAAAUGCAACAGGAAGCUGCUCUAAAUGCUGAAAGCGUUGCUUCGGGAGGGUUCAACGAUAAUGUUGCUUCAGAACCCUCGCUAGGUUACGAGUUAGAACAGUGCACAAAGGAAGCCAAAAUAGAUGAAGAAGCAGAUGACUUUGGCAUUGUCAGUGGCCCAUUUCGAAGCUUCUGUGUCAGCAGGCUGUGGCAAAGGUGCGUGAGGCUGAAGACGGCGGCGCUGUCUGCAGGCCUGCUGGGAUUGGGCUUCCUGCUGCCCCUGGGCGUCUACACUGCCCUGAUGCCCACCGUUCAGAGCCACCUGGGGGCCCCCUGUAGCGACUCGCUCUGGAACGCGGCCAGGCACUACCUGAAGCCUUACUGCAGCCUGAGUCACGUAACCCCUCCUCCGUGGUGACUGGCUCACCGAACUCUGAGAGAGAGAGGACCCAUCGCUGUGUGUUUUGGAUCAGUUCUGGAUUAAACCUGUAGUGAACUAAGUACUGCUUGUGAGACAGCUGCCCAUGUCCCUUCCCUGCCUCCCCCCACAGGACUUGAAUGCUGUAAAGAAAUAAAGGUUCAGACAGUAGUGAA